CUCGCCGCAAAAACCAUGAUCGCCUUAUUUCGAAUUGGCAUCAUUUUAUCUGCCUAUAUUUCAGGCGUCUAUCUACAAAACCUCUGUUCAUCGUACUUCACUUUUUCACACUGGCCGCAAAAACAGUCGCUUAGAGACACAAUAAAAACUGCUGAGUUCACCUCUGCAACUUCGAUAGCUUGCGCAUUAAGAUGCAACACGAGAAGCCACUGCGAUAAGGCGACCUUUGACAGAGACACUAAGAGAUGCUCUCUUUAUCAAAACAAGGGAAAAGAUUCCACUGAUAUCCAUGCCAGCGACGUAGAUCCAAAGUUAAGAAUUGUGACCCUGAGAAAGGUUCCGAUUCUUCCAGUGAGCGAAGAUCUGGAAGGAAGCUGUCCUUAUGGAAUUUACAACAAUGAUGAUAACCGUGGUUCCGUCUCUUCAACGAUAACAGACGAUCAAACAACGAUGAGGGCUUCGUGUAGUGAUAUCUUACAACGAAAUAGCUCAAGCCCAAGUGGUUUUUACAACAUAACAACUGGUGGAGAUACGUGGAAAACAUAUUGCAAAAUAGGAAGAAUUCCUGGAUGUGGAGAAGGAGGCUGGACACUAGUAAUGCGAAUCAAUGGAUCAAAG